UCUGUACCUGCAGCAUGUCAAUAGAUACAGUUUGAGUGUAGGGACUGGAGGCAAGGGGAUGUUGGUCCUUAAAUCUACAAGCAGUGCUGAUAAAAGGAUCAGACGCUGAAUCUAAGAUAAAAAAAAACAGAUCAUAGCACUAAGGUAAGGGAAAAGAAAGAGAAUUCAAAGGAUGCCGAGGUCUUUCCUUGUAAAAAAGAAACGCGGGGCAUUUGGCGCCUGGCAAUGGAAAGAGUCAGAGCAGCUUGAGUGGAAACAAGAGAAUACAGUAGUGAGUAAAAUUGCUAUGGAGCAGAUAUCCUGCAGUCCUGACACCCAACAGCAUGCAGCUUUGAUUCAGUCAGAAGCCCCCUCAGGAUAUGGGACAGCAGCUGGAAGGAGAGAGUCAGUAGCUUCAGCAGGAUCAGGAGCACUUGGGACUGACAGCAGGCAUGAUUGGUCCACACUUAUGCUACGAGGCUCCUUCUACCAUCCCAGUACGCUGACACUGGUCAGCAGAGCCAAGCCCCGUCCCCCUUCUUCCCCUGGUUCAGGUGAUUUUAUGUGCUCACUGUGCCACAAGACAUUCCCCCUGCAGCGCAUGUUGACCCGUCACCUGAAGUGCCACAGCCUGGUGAAGAGACAUCCAUGUAGAUUCUGUGGGAAAGGAUUCAACGACACCUUCGACCUCAAGAGGCAUAUGCGAACACACACAGGUAUCCGUCCCUACAAGUGUGAACUAUGUGAGAAAGCCUUCACACAGCGUUGCUCUCUGGAGUCCCAUAUGAGGAAGAUUCACGCCGUUCACCAACAGUAUGCCUACCGCCAGAGACGCUCCAAGAUCUUUGUGUGUGAGGAUUGUGGUUUCACCUCUAGCCGCCCUGAUGAGUACUUCCAUCAUGUGAGACAGUGCCACCCCGGCAGUCCUGCCCUCCGAAGGUACUACCGCCGUCAGGCCCAUGAGAACAACAGCUUUGCUUCAGCAGAACGUAAACUCAACCCCUAUUUGUUGUACUCAACCCCUGCAUACUACAUCUAGGGUUGAUGCUAUUUCUGCACUUCAUUGUAUUUUACUUCACAUGAUCAGCGCUAAAACCGCUUUGUUGUUGUUUUUCCCUAUUGUAAGAACGGGCAGGAAAAAGCUGCCCUUGGCACCCAUUGAAAUUGGCACAAAGUGUUUCACUUUCACAUGAUUUUAAACUUCAUACUUUAUUGCUGCUUACCUCCAUGUGAAACUAAGGAGACAACAGCUGUAUUUGACAUGUCCAGGAGCUGCACAUACAAGCAGAGGAGGUAACCAAAGAAACCAAACAUGCCGUCACUGCAAGGCUCUGCACCUGCCAUCCCCCUGUGACCAUUGAAAACAUUUCCUACCAUGUGAAGGCAGCUUGAGGCUUAUUCUUUAGUUGUGUAUUCUCAUCUGUUUAUGUUAUCAACAUUUUACUCUAUUUUCUGUUUUGCAAUAUAUGUACUAUUAAAAUAAA